AUGCUUACUUUUACGUUCAUUUUGGCUGUUAUGACAGCAAAAGUGCCAUUUGCGACUGCACAAAAAGCCCAUGGUGAAGAGGCGUCGAAGAAAAUGGGGCCCGUUGCUUUUAUGUGGCCACCAGAUCGCGAAUGGGGGGCCGCACACGACAACACUGCUCCAUGUGGCUCUCAUCAAGGUGUAACAAAUAGGACAGACUUUCCAUUAAUCAACGGCGCCAUUGCUCUUGUCAUACAAGAUAAUUCUUCAAACAUACAUAUUUCCGUAUCAUACAAAGAUGAGCCCCGGUCAAGCGAUGACUUUGUAGCUCUUCCUGAACCUAAGCAAAUUGACAAGCUUGACCCUGGCCACGGGUGUUAUCCGCUUCCUCCACCCCCUAGGGACAUUGAAGACGGUUCAAAUGCUACCAUACAGCUAAAAUAUCUCUCUGAAUUCGACUCCAAUAGAACUGAGACCUUCUACGCUUGUGCAGAUAUUAGAUAUGUCUCUGCGAGCAAGUUUAAGACUCAAGUGCCCUGUUUCAAUGCCACAAAGGGUGAAUUCGGUGGCCACCCCAAGGCCAAACCGUCAGGUACUCCCUCGCCAAGUAAUCCUUCUCCUGCUUCCAAGGCAGCCAACGGGCUUUCGGAUGGAGCAAUUGCUGGAAUUACUCUCGGGGUUGUCGGUGGGCUAGCAUUAUUUGUAAUGGCUAUUCUUGGGUAUCGCAGAUAUGAGCAAAAGAGAAGAAUUCGCCUGACUGAUGCUUCUAUUCGCAAGGUGAACUGGGGCGGCAAUGCAAGUUAG